AUGUCGGGAAAAGGAGGUAAAGUCGUAGUUGCCAGUGUGGCGAUUGUUGCUUCAUGGUACUUUGGAGUUAAUUUUUGGAGACCUUUAAUAAUUGAACAGCUAGCCAAGGAUGGCAAUUUGAGGGAAGAUAUUAACAUUGAGAAGCCUAUGGAGGAGAUGAAAUCGUGGAAUGACCUUCGACAAAAGUGGAAUGCCGUUGUUGAUCCAACGAACAAUUUUUCUUCAGAGGACAAAGCCAGUUUGGAACAAUUAAAAGAACGUUUAAAGAAAAACCAGCCAGAGACAAAGGACAACUGA